AGCAUUAAAUAGUUUAAAAAAAAAUACUGACAAUGAAACUAAUAAUUGUUUGUUAUUUAUGAAUGAUAUAAAUAUGAAAUAGGUAUUGGUAAUUAUAUUAUGACUAAAACAUAACGAAUUGAAAAACUAAAAAUAUCAAUGACUGUCAAUACAUUAAUAAGGGUAACGUUUGUUUCAUAGCAACCGCGAAGCAAAUACUUUAAUAGGUGUGCCUUGUUGAAGUAUAAAAUAAUUCACAUUUGCGGAUAAAAAUAAUUUUACAGUUUAAAGUUAACAUUUUUUUCUACUUAAUGAACGAACUGAAAAACGACGAAAUAGUUAGCAAUACUAAAAACUCAAAUCAAAGUACAGAAAAUAAUCGGAGUAUAUUUUAUGAUCUAUAUAGAGUUGGACCUCCAUACCCUAAUAGUGAAUUAGAAAAACGUCGGAAAAUAUUAAAGAUAGUGAGAGCUAAAUCGGAUGAUAGGAGGAAUAUAAUAUACCCGUAUUGUCGACACUCAAAAGAUAAGCCACUACAUGAAGUAUUCAAAGAAAUUAUGAACAGGGAUAUUUUUGCAAUGCGAGCAAAUGAAACAGAAAUCAUUGAAGAGUACCCCAAGUGGCAAGUAAACGAUCAUAAAUUGGAGAAUAUUAUAGAUCCAUCUAAAAUUAAUACUACGCAAAAGACUUUGGUUGAACAACAAAAGGAUAAAUCUAUUAAAGAUGGAAAUAACUCUUCAAACUAUGAUAAAGAAAUGUUGAAUAAUAAGCUUAAAAACAAUUCAAAAGAGCCAAAAAACAUACAGAAUAAUACUAUUAGACGGCCUUAUAUAAGAUUAACAUACAAAAACGAAAAGAUACCAACUAAAGACUUAAAACCUAAAAAAUUAAAAAAGUAAUUAUAUAAUAUAGAACGAAUAAUCAAAAAUUUGUUAUUAAAAAUUCGUUUGUUACAAAAUUAUGAAAAAAAAAAAUUAAAUAGAUAUAAUUAUCACGAACUUGCA